AUGGUACUGCAUUCACCAAUACGGACACUUAAAUCAACGAAGAACUUAGGAAAUCCGGAUAAGCCAGUUGCAAACCCGCUUCCACAAUCCCAAUUCUCACCAACUCCUACUCAACCUUCAUCGAACACAGUUAGCCCAUCUGAACCAGUACCUCAAUCCAUCCAAUCCACUACUCAAAUUCCACCCAUUCCACCACCACCAUUUCCCAAUAUAGACAACAUGCCACCAGUGCCAAACAAAUCAUCAUCUUCCCAACAACCACCCUUCACCCAACCGGCUACCACUCAAUACUCCUUGCCAUAUGUGAGGAUAGUUCAUGAUGAGAACCAUAUUCCACUGAACCAGAGUCUACCCAUUAACUCAUCAACCACAUCUCUCAUACCAAAUCAACACCCACAUUACCAAUCAUCUCAACCACAACCUUUCUCAUUUAAGACUUUGAUGUUUGAUCAAAGGGAUGAUUCAGGGGAAUAUGGUGAUGGAUUUGAGGAAUUUGAGAGUUAUGUGGGGGAAUCAAGGCAGUAG